AUGGCGGUGCUGCCAGCGUCGUCUGUUGACGUACACGGCGCUCCAUGGGCGGAACACUCGUCGGAGCGCACCGAGCGUGCACCCGGCAGUUUGGCCGCCCCUGCCGGCGAGUGGCUGCUGCCCGAGGCCAGCGUGCUGUCCGAGUGUGAAGACCUGGCCCCUGCCGCCGUUGCCGCUGGCGUGGAGGAGUUUUUGCUGGGGCUACCCCUCGGCUCCGGGCGCGCGGCAGCAGAGGUCGAGGCGGCAGUGUCGCGGCGGCUGCUAGACGCCGAGCUGGCGCGCGCGCAAAUCAAGGGCCGCCUGAGAAAAUGGAUGGGCGUGGCCCACGAGCUGCAGCAUCUGGUGGAGCGGCAGCAGGGAGAGCUGGCGGCUGCGGCGGCAGUCCGUCUGGUGCAGGCGCCAAGCCCUGUUCAGGUCGUGGAGCUGGAGGCAGCCAACCACGAGCUGCGCUACCAGCUCGCCGGUGCCACUGCACGGCUGAGGGAGCUGGAGGCGGCAGUGCAGGACGCAACAGCACAGCAGGCGGCGGGGCGGGACCUGGACGCAGCGCGCAUGCAGCAGGAGCGCGACGCAGCGCGCCAGCAGCUCGCGGAGCGCUCGGCGGCGCUGGCGGCGGCGUCGGACGAGGCGGCGCGGCUGAGGCGCGCGCUGCUUGACGCGGAGAUCGACACCCAGCGCAGCAGCGUCGCGGCAGAGGGCGCGGCCGGCAGGCUGCGGGAUGCCGAGGCAGAGGCGGCGCGCCUGCGUUGCCAGCUGGCAGCGCUUGGGUCGGACCUGGACGCCCAAAGGUGCCGUGCGCGCGCGGCGGAGGACGCCGCUGAGUCGCGCGCCGCAGAGGCGGCCGAGGCACGAGCCCGCGCAGCAGCGGCGGAUGCUGGUGCAGCCGCGGCGCUGCGCGCCUGCACGGGAUGUGCGGAGCGCGACGGGCGGCUGGAGGCGGAAAAGGCAAACGCGGCGCAGGCAGGCGCGCAUGCUUCAGCGCUCGAGGCGGCACUGGAUGAGGAGCGGCGACACUCCCAGGGCCUUGCUGAGUCGCUGCAAGAGGCGCACGCGCGCCUGGCUAAUGCAGCAGCCAACGCCGACGCGCUGGAGCAGCAGCGGCGCGACCUGGUGGCUCAGCUGUAUGGAGCAGAUGGCGCCGUCUCGCCGCCCACUUGCAGCUGGAGUGGUUGCGGCAGCGGUGGCGCACAACCACUGUUCAGCCCUGACCAGGGCUGGGGCGCUGGAGGCGGGCAAGGGGCGGCCGCAAGGGAGGGUCUCUUCCAGCGGGCACAGAGGCUGGCAGCCGCCCUGGCACGAAGCGAGGCGGCGACGGCCGAGGCUGCUCUUGGGAUCGACGGGGCUCGGCGGGAGGUGGCAGAGGCUCAGGCGCAGCAGCGGGCGGCGGCGGAGCGCGCAGUGUUGAUGGAGCGCCAAGUGUCAGAGCUCAGGCAACUCAAAGAGGCGGCAGAGGCUAGGGCUCGCGACGCCGCGGCCCGCGUGGAUGACUUGAUUGCUGCCAGAGACAGGGCUGCAGCAGAGGUCGCAGAGCGCACUGCGGCAGUCGAACACCUGAAGGCGAGGCUGUUGGGUGUGGAGGCCGAGUGCGCGCGCGCCCUGGCAGCAACCAGUGCAGAGGCGGCGGCGCGCGAGCGGGCGGAUGUGGUCGCAGCGGCUGCGCAGUCUCAGGUGUCAGAGCUGCAGGCGGCCAACGCGGAGCUCAAGGAGCAGGCGACGCGUGGUGCGGCACAGCUGGCGGCCGCUCGCGUCAAGAUGGAGGAGGUGCUCAAUGCUGCACGCCGCGAGGCGGAGCAGCGCAUUGCCGCUGCCGAUGCCGCCCACUCAGAGGCGACAGAGCAGCUGGCACGCAGCUAUGAUGAGCGCAUCAACGCUCUCAGGCAUGAGCUGGCUGCUGACGCGGCACGGCGAGGUGACGCAGAUUCACGCGCCGUUGCGCUCAAGGCGCAGCAGUCGAAGGCGCUCGAGGCUGCACAGUCGGCGGCACGCGAGGCGGCCGCGCGACUGGACGUGUCCAAGGCACAGGUGGCGCAGCUGCAGCAGAUGGUGGCGUCUGCGCGGGAGGACGCGACUGCAGCCAAGGCGGCGGCAGAGCGUGCCCAGCAGCAGCUGGCAGAGGCGCGGGUUGAGGCGAUGCGCCUGCACGACGAGGCGGCCGCGGCCAAAACGGCCGCCGCCGCCGCUCGCGAGGAGGCGGCAGCCGCGCAGCGCGCGCUGAGUGACCACAAGGGCGCGUCCCGAGACGAGGCUGCGAGUGGUGCGGCCCAGCUGGCAGAGGCGCGCGCGGCGCAGGAGCGGUCGGCGCGUGAAGCGUCGGCGCUGCAGGAGCGGCUGUGCUUCGAGCAGGACCGCUGCGCCCAGCUUCACGAGCAGCUGAGCAUGACGCGCUGCGGCGGCGGCGGCGGGCUAGGCUCUCCGCGCACCGCCUAUUCCCUGUCCCCAACACGACCCAACGGCGUAGCGCACGUGGGGACCAGCCGCAGCGCCCUGGCAGAGCUCCUGGUUGCACGCGAGGGCGAGGCGGCGGCGCUGGCGGCAGAGCUGGGUGCGCUGCGCUCCGACAACACUGAGCUCAUCGCACGGCUGCGGCAUGCAGAGGCGGGUGCGGCCGCGCGUCCUCCGUCACCGGCAGCAUCUGAGCGCCAGGCGUGGCAGCUGCAGGCCGCUCUUGACGAAGCCCACGCGCGGCUGGAGGGGGCGCUGUCUGACAAGGCGUCCCUGGCGGGGCGUGUCAGGGAGCUGCAGCAGCGACUGGCUGCUGCAGCUGCGCUCAGCAAGGUCGAUGGCGGGGACGGUGAGGACGAUCAGGCGGCAGGUCGCAAGAGCGGCAGCGAGGGGGAUGAUGGAGGUGCAGGUGAUGGCUCUCCACAGCGCCGGCUGCGCCUGCGGGUGCGCCAUUUGGCGGCCCAGCUGGCCGAAACAGAGGCAGCGGCAGAGCGCGAGGCCAGCGCGUUGAGGGCUCAGGCGUCGGCGCUGCAGGGCCACCUGGAGGACGCGCGGGCGGCCGCGGCCGAUGCCGAUUUGCGACGAGCGGCCGCAGGCAACGCGCUGGCUUUGGCGCAGCAUGACCUGGAGCAGGAAAGGGGCCGGGCCGCGCAGCUUGAGGGGCGCAUGGGCGCCGCCCAGCGCGAGGCGGCCCGCCAGCAGGAGGCAGCGAUGGCUGACGCCAGGGCGGUCGCGGAGGGCGUGUCAGGGGAGCUGCGGCGGGAGCUGGGGUUCUUGCAGCGUCAAUUUGAGGAGGUGGUGGAGGAGGCAACGCAACGCGAGGGCGAGCUCGAGGCCGCCAGGGCCGAGGCUGCCGCAGGGAAGGCCGAGCUCGCCGAAGUGAGCGCAGCAUUGCGGCGUUCAGAGGAGGGUGCUCGUGACGCGGCAGUGAUCCUGCAGUCCAGGCUGGAUGAGACAACGGCGAGGGAGGCCGACGCCAGGGCGGAGGUGGAAGCACUUGGACAGCGGUUGGCUGAGCUGGAGCAGCUGCUUCAGGAGCAGCAGCAGCGGCACGCUCAGCAGCAACAGGCUGAGCAGCAACGACAUCAGCUGGAUGCGCAGCUGCUUGAAGUGCGGGAGGCACCAGCCCAGGAGCUGCCGCAAACAGAGGCGCCACAGUCCCAGCAGCCCCAGCAGCAGCAGCAGCAGCAGCAGUGCCAGCAGCAACAGCAGCAGCAGCAGCAACAGCAGCAGCAGCAGCAGCAGCAGCAGCAGCAGCAGCAGCAGCACCCACUGCCACACUUGCAGUCGCAGCCGCAGCAGGCAGUGGAUGUCCCUGAGGGGCUGCCGGCGGGGGCGCGCCAGCUGCAUGCGCUGCUGUCUUCAAAGGACCGGGACCUCAGGCGCGCGCAGCAGCAGCUCGAUGAGCUGCGAAGCCGCAUGACUGACAACCAAAGUGCCGAGCAGCGCCUUGGCGACGUUGUCAAAGCAGCAGCACGUGAUACUCCGCCGCCGGGCAUUGCAGGCAAUCUGCCGCUGGGGCACAUGGUGCGCCCUAACGCAGGCCUGGUUGAGCGGCUGCUGCAGCUGCAGGCUGUGCAGGGAGGGGCGCAUGAUGGAAGCAGUGGCAGGACAGGGAGCAGCAGCAGCAGGGUUUUGCGGCGAAUCGCAUCUCUGCCAGCAGGGGCCCAAUCUUCUCCUGGGCGCAGGCAGGCCCCCCAGGCCGCUGGUGACAGCAGCCCGCGCACCCAUCAUGCCGCCAGUCGAGCAAUGAGCUUGGCGGUUCGCACGGGUGGGGCUGAUGUCGACACAAGCAACUGGCGCAGCAGCAGGAGCAGCAGCGCAGGCAGGGAAGCCGGCGAACUCGUCAGGAACGCAAGAAGCGGCCCUCAGUCCAAGGAUGGCAGCCGCAUAGAGCAGCUGGCCCAUUUGUUCCAGGGCCGAUUGCUGUCUUCCCAACGCGCCAGCAGCAACGACCGCAACGGGAGUGCAUCCCGUGCGCUGCAAUUAGCUGAGGCGGCGGGCGGGCUGCCCUCCAGCCGCGGCCCCUCCUUGCGCCAGAGCAGCAGUCGUGGGUGGGACAAUGGCGUUGGUGGCUCGCAGCAGCAGCAGCAGCGCCUGAGCUUCAGCAGCAGCAGUGACGAGGAGGAGGGCGUGGCAGGCAUGCGCGGCAAGGGUGACGGCAUUCGUGUGCAGGCUCCAGGGCCGGCGGGAGGGUUGGCUUCAGCCGGCCUAAGCACCAGCAGCAGCAUGGCUUAUCGCCGCAGUGGCAGCCGCGUGGGCAAGGUCACCGCCCCAGAACCGUCGCACCCAGUUGGCAGUGGGCUACCGUCUCGCAGCCCUAGCCGCGCUGCCUCUGCGGCGGGGCUGAUUGCGGGGGGGUACAACCCCGACGCGCUCAGGCACUCCCUCAGUCUCAAAAGCCUGCCCAGCGGGAAAGACCCGCCGGGCAGCGGCAAUAGCAACGCUGUCGGGGUUGGUGGCGAUAGCGGCGUGCCCCCAACCAAACCAGCCGGUCCUGCUCCACGGCUGCGGCAGACAGUGAGCUUCCGCGAGCCAGCAGCACCGGAACGAGGACGUGAGCCGCCGUUGAGGCGCAGUGCGACGGCGUCCAAGGCCCAAGGGUCGCAGCGGGCACCAGCCUGGGGCGCCCUGACAUCUGGGGAUAGCGACAGCGAUGCCUGA